AUGAGUUCCGCUCACAUUGCCUCGGAUGAGGAGAGCACUCCGGACGCCUCAGUGACCCUGGAUUCUUUCAUUUCGGAACUCAGUCCCAGGCAACCGGCCACAAAAAGAUCUGGCUCUACGGUUGACGCUGCAAAUGCUCCCAUGUCACCGGUUAAGAGGACCAAGGACGCUCUGUCGUUUAUAACAUUAAUGGUAGGUGAAGAGGCCACCAAAAAGCCUCCUUUCAAAGUGGACGCGGUCAGAGCGCUUCUUGGUAAGGUGGGGGAGUUGCAAGAGUCCAUUUCUGACUUGUUGGCCGCUAAUGCCUCCCUUAAUGGAAGGCUCUCUGAGUCGAGGGCCCAGAAUGCCGGUUUGGUAGCACAGUUUGCUGCUGUCCUGAGCGAGAGGGAAGCCGCCUGUGCUGCCAAAAUCGCUACCGCUCUAAAGUCAAGGCCGGUCACCGAGGUUCUGCAUACUUCUGCCCCGCAGACCUUUGCGAACGUCACCCGUGUUGGCCGCAAAAAGAGCAGGUCACGGAGCCGCAACACGGCGCGGCAGAAGUCUAAGUCCGCGGCCAGGGCGAAGAAGCUUUUGGAGAGUAGGUCCGGUCCACCUGAGGAGGCCUUCGUGGUGACCCCUACUGCAGAUAAGGAUGUGACGGCUUGUAAAAACGAGCUAUGGUCGGUUAUAAAGAAACACAACUCGGCGCCUAGGAUACACUCCAUCGUUGGCAAAUCUGGGCGCCUAAUUAUUAAGCCCCAGGAUAAGGAGACUACUGACCUCCUUAAGAAAAUUGGUAGGUCCAAGACUUGCAAUCUUACAGCCGAUACCCCUCUCCUUCCUAGGCUUCGAUUUGAUCACGUGGAUAGGGAAAUUGACCCCAAGGAACUCUCUGAUUUAGUCGCUCUCCAGAAUCUUGAGCUUAAUGUCGACCCGGUGGAUGCUGCGGAUUUUAUAAGCCCUGUGUUCAGGACAGGUCCAAUGGAGGGUGUUUCUGCAUCCUGGGUCUGCAGUAUAAACCCUAAGUAUUACUCGUCUUUGUUGGCCCUCCCUAUUUUUGUUGGUCUGAUGAGGUGUCAGGUCACUAAAUUUGACAGGGUCACGCAGUGCUACCGGUGUUUCAGGUUUGGGCACCCGGUGGCUUACUGUAAGGAGGUCGACGCUGCGUGUGUUCAUUGUGCCAAAGCCGGUCACCUUGUUGCCGACUGCCCUUCUGCGUCCUUGCCGCCCAGAUGUGCUAAUUGCGGGGGCUCGCACUCUGCCACUGACGUCCUGUGUUCGGCCAGAACGGCCUUCCAGGCUAAUCUACUCAGAAGGACUGAUUUUGGCGCCCCUCCUUCGGCCCCGUUAUGA